UCUUACCUCAUUCCUCUUACUCCUCGCUGAUAUUAAAACCGAUUGAAUCGUGUGAUGAUGAACAAAUACACACCAACAGACCAACGACCGAUUCGCACAGCCGGUUAUUCUCACUCGAGAAUCUACAACAGAACUUGAAACACCAAUUUUUUAUAUCAAUUAAUUAAAACCAUUAUCAAAAAAAAAAAAAAAAAAUUUAAAUUUUAAUAAUACUCAAUUAAUUGCUAAUUAAUCAGAAUGAAGUCUUCAUUACUGAUUUCACGGAUAUUAUUAUUUAUUGUAUUGGCAAUCAAUGGGAUACAGUGUCAAUUGAAUAAUUUUCCUCAGGCAUAUCAGUACAACAUUGACAAUGAUGAUUUCUUUGUGCCUUAUCAAGGUGAAAGAUUUAGUGUUUUCGAUUGGAAUUUUUGCAAGGCAAUGGCAAAUAAAUACAGAGGAAAUUUUUUAAUGUCACCAUUGUCAUUGAAAAUAACAUUGAUAUUAUUGCUUGAAGGAUCAGAGGAUGAUACAUCAAGAGAAAUAGUUCAAGCACUUCAUUUGCCAUUGAAUGGUUUUGCUGGACGUUAUUCAACGAGAAAUCAAUUUCGUAGAAUAAUACAUUCACUUAAACCAACAUCGAAUGAGUAUAAAUUAAAUUUAGCUACGAAAAUAUUUAUUAGCUCUGAUAUUGUUACGAGACAAAGUUAUGCAUCAAUCAUUGAUGUAUUUUAUUCAACUGGUAUUGUGUCGACAAAUUUUAAUGAUGCAACUAAAACAGCAUCGUUAAUUAAUAAAUGGAUCAGUGAUACAACUGAAGGAAACAUAAAUAAUAUGAUUGAUGAUGAAAAUAGCAUUAAAGACUCGGUAAUGGUGAUGAUGAAUGUACUAUUUUUCAAGGGACUUUGGCAUAAAAAUUAUUUCAAUACACAAGAUACAAAAAUUGGAAAGUUUCAUGAAACAAAAAAUUCAAAUUGGGAUGUACAAUUUAUGAGUACUGUUGGUAAUUUUUAUUAUGCUGAAUCACUUGAGCUUGAUGCUAAAAUUCUACGUAUACCAUAUCUUGGACAUAAAUUUUCUAUGUAUCUCAUAUUGCCAAGGACACUUGAUGGUUUAGAUAAUUUAAUUAAAAAUAUUGAUCCAUAUGUUUUGACUAAAAAUGUUUGGCUAAUGCAAAGUCUACCGGUUGAUGUUGUAUUGCCAAAAUUUAAAUUUGAAUUUACAAGUCAUCUUGAGCCAGUUUUACGUGAGCUGGGAAUUAAAAAAAUAUUUGAAGAAGAUGCUAGUUUAAAUGGUAUUGCACAAUCAAAAAAAAAUUCACCAAAAUUAUCAGUUACUGAUUUUAUACAGAAGGCUGGUAUUGAAGUUAAUGAAAAAGGAACAACAGCAUUUGCUGCAACUGAAAUUGACAUUGGAAAUAAAAUUGGUGAUCAAGAAUUUCAUGCUGAUCAUCCAUUUAUGUUUUACAUUGAGGAUGAAACAACUGGUACAAUUUUAUUCAUGGGAAGAGUGACAAAUCCAUCACAAAAAAAUGGUGCAACAAUUAGAAAAAAUACAGAUAUACCAACAACAUUUGGUCAUUUAAUACCAACACGUGGAGUGAUUUCAGCUGAAGCUAGUGCUACCGAGAGAUUUAAUUACUUUAACAGUGAACUUUUCCAGGAGGCAAAUGAAGCAAGUAAUGGAAAUAUUGUGAUUUCACCAUUGUGUGUUAAAACAGCAUUGACCAUAUUAACUGAAGCAACUGGCGGUAAAACACGUCAAGAACUUUUAUCAACCUUGAGAUUACCUCAAGAGCCAAAUCAAAUACGUGAAAUUUCCAAUCGAAUUCGUCUCUCAUAUUCGCAACAAAUUAAGCCAGAAUCAGAAUUAAAUAUUGCUAAUCGUUUAUGGACAAGUCGUGGUGCACAUUUAACACCAGAGUUCAACAACAUAUUAAUUAACAAUUAUGGAAGUGAUGCUCAGUAUGUUGAAUUUAGUGAUGUGUUGCUAACAUCAAAAACAAUCAAUGAAUGGGUUCGUCGUUAUACCAAUAAUCACAUAUCAUCAAUCAUUGAACCAGGUACAAUUAGUCCAGAGACACAAUUACUACUUACAUCAGCUCUGUAUUUCAAGGGUACCUGGUUGAAGGCCUUUGAUGAAUCAUCAACACGAAUUUUAAGAUGCUUCAAAGUAUCAAGUACCAAUUGUCAACAAGCAAUUAUGAUGGAAAAUAUAUCAAAAUAUCGUUAUGCCAGUAUUCCAGCAUUGGAUGCUGAUGUUGUUGAACUCCCUUAUACUGAUGGACGUUUAUCAAUGCUUAUUUUGUUGCCAAAAAAUGAAGGUUUAGAAAAUAUUCAAACAUUAUCUAGAGAUCUUGCUCAUCGUUCAAUAUUAUCAAUUCUUUCAAAUCUUGAAGAAACAGAAAUUUUAUUACAAGUUCCAAAAUUUAGUAUUGAAUAUAAAAAUGAUCUUCGUUUUGUUCUUGAAAAGUUGGGAAUUAAAGAAAUAUUUGAUUCAAAUGCAAAUUUUACUGGAGUAUCAGGCAUGUCAGCAAGAGUUGGAAGUGUUUAUCACACAUCUAAAAUUGAAAUAAAUGAAGCUGGUACUGUUGCUGCUGCAGUCACAGGUCUUUCAGUUGUUCCAUUGAUUGGCUCAUCAAUGACCACUUUUCGGGCUGAUCGUCCAUUCAUUUUUACUGUUAUUGAUCGACAAAAUGGAAAUAUGAUUUUUGCUGGUCGUGUUGUUGAUCCAAACAGUCCACCAAGCAAACCAACAAAACAACAAGCUCAAUAUCAAAAAAAUUAUUAAAUUCAUAACAUUAUAAUAAUUUUAUCUUUAUAUUUUAUUUUUUUCAUCAUCAAGGUUGUAUCAAAUCUGCUACCUUUUAAAUAUUUCCUUAUCAAUUAUUUUUUUUGAUAAAAAUACUGUUGCUCAUUGAACAGUGUGUAUGGAUUUUUUUUUUUUUUUGUUUUUUAAAUUUGAAAAAAAAAAUAAAAAACAAUUAUCAUUUUGUGCUACAUAUAAAAGAGAUUAUUAAUAUUAAGUUUUUUUUUUUGUCAUAAAUGAUAAAAUGUAUAACAAGUUUCAUGACCUUGACUUGAUGAUGAUAACAUGAUCCAUUGUUGUUGUAUCAAUAUUUAUUAUUUACAGUUGAGUGUUUAUAAAGCAUGCAUGUGUUUUAAAAAAGCAUACGUCAAUCUCAUGUGUUUAUUUCAUCAUCUACUAUUUGAUAUAACACAUAAUAUUUUUACUCUUUUUUUUUAUUCUACCAUCUCAUUUUUAUUCUGUUAACCAGCAAUACGCGCUUGCGCGUUUGAUGGAUUAUUUGUAUCAUUUAUUAGUGUUCCUCACACACAAAUCACAAUACAGCCAAUACAUUCAAGUCAUGUCAUCAUUUGGUAUCAAGUGAAAAUCAUAUAUGUAUACACACCGGCAAAUGGCACAUUUUCAGAUAAUUAAAAAUUCAAGAAACGAGUUUUUCAAUUGAUAAAUAUGAAUGAUUAUAUAUUGUCUAAUGACUGAUGAGUUGAAUAAGAUAAAUAAUCAUUAUUGAUGAGAUAAACCAGAAUGAUUAUUCACAUGAUGAUGAUGAUAUACAAGUUUAAUGUAUAACUUGAAAUUAAUUGGCAAAGGGAGGUAUAUAAUAAUAAUAAAAAAAAUAAAAAAUUGAGAAAGUGUUGUUAGUUGUGGACUGACAACGAGUGCCAUUGGACGUGUUGGUCUCUUGUUGAGAAUAAUUUC